ACAUCAGGGGCUCAUAUUUUACAUGACGCGUGCUUGGCGCGGUCCGACUGCUGCAGCUCUCACCCCGCUACACCACUAUCACCGAUCACCGGAAUUGCCUCCUAUCACCGUAAAACCCGGAUUGCAUAGCGGCAUGCAAGCAAUUCAGCCGUUGCCAACUGCCUAAUCAAGAAACAUGAUUACCCAUCCUCAUAUGUAUAAGAUGAUUGAGUCGGCGGUAAGGCCGAGCGGUCGCAGCACACUUCCCCAAUUCAUCUUUCCGGAAGCCUUGUUAUACCGCAAUAAUGCUAGAUAAGCUAGAUAUCGAAGGCCUCCUUAAGGAGUCCAAGGCCGAGUACAGACAGCUGGGCAAGAGCGGCCUGCGUGUCUCAGUACCCAUUCUCGGUGCCAUGUCCAUUGGCUCAAGCAAGUGGCAGCCCUGGGUAAUCGAAGAGGAAGAAGCGCUUCCCCUACUCAAGGCUGCAUGGGACCGAGGGCUCACCACUUGGGAUACAGCGAAUGUCUACUCCAACGGCGUCUCUGAAGAGAUCAUCGGCAAAGCCAUCAAAAAAUACUCUCUCCCCCGCGAGAAACUGACCAUCCUGACAAAAUGCUUCGGCACCGUCGGUGAAGAUCCCGGUCUGCGCAGCAUAAAUUUCUCCAAAGAGCUACCGCAGCUGAAGGAUUACACAAACCACAUGGGUCUCUCACGUCAGGCGAUCUUCAACGCCGUCAAUGCAUCGCUCAAACGUCUGGACCUCGAUUACAUCGAUCUCUUGCAGAUCCAUAGGUUCGAUGAGAAUGUGCCAAUCGAAGAGACGAUGGAGGCGCUUCAUGAUCUUGUGAAGAGUGGAAAGGUGCGAUAUAUUGGUGCGAGCAGUAUGUGGGCGGUGCAAUUUGCGCAGAUGCAGUUCGUGGCUGAGAAGAACGGAUGGACCAAGUUCGUGUCGAUGCAGAACCACUAUAACCUCCUGUACCGCGAAGAAGAGCGCGAGAUGAACCGCUUCUGUAAUGCCACCGGCGUUGGCCUCAUCCCUUGGGCGCCUCUUUGCCGCGGCCACCUCGCGCGCCCCGCUUCCGCCUUCGGGUCUACUACACGCUCAGAAGGCGAGAAGAUCACCGGCACGUCGCUCUCAGGGCACACUGAGGCAGACCACAAAAUCGUCGAGCGGGUCGAGGAGCUUGCGAAGAAGCAUGGUUGGAAGAUGAGCCAUGUCGCGCUUGCGUGGAUCAAUAAGAGGGUUGCGAGUCCGAUCAUUGGGUUCUCGAGCGUGGAGAGGAUGGAUGAGGCGCUGGAGGCGAGGGGGAAGGUGUUGAACGAGGAGGAGGAAGCGUAUUUGGAGGAGUUGUAUGUUGAUCGAAAGGUACAGGGUCACUCUUAGACGCUCAGAACGGACAGGGCUUUUCGGGUGUCUGCAGAGAGGUCCCUUGAGUAUAGUACUACUAUCCAGAGCAAAUCCAGUUCGCUUAUUUGAUGUUCUUUUGGAAUUCUUGCAUCCUGCAGGGAGGUUGAGUCGGUCCUUGGUCUUGAUCGUGAAUCUAUACUGUUAGUUUUCGAUGGGAUAACAUGAAUUUGGAAUGUUUUCUCUUCAAGGCUCUGUCUA